AUGCCAAAGCCCAAACGCAACAUCCAAAUCGUGGCCGAAGAAACAUGGACUCCGCCUGCAUCGCUGGCUGCCAAUCAAAAAAUCGCGCGCGUCAAAAUUGCUGCUGGCAAUCACUUGUACCACCUGGAAUUGCCCUCGGGUGAGGCACUUUUGGCCGAACUCGAUGCCAAAUUCCGCUCCACCAUCUGGAUGAAACGCGGAGGCUACGUCUUGUUGGACACGGAAGCUCUGGCCGAGCGCGGCAAUAAGCUGGCUGGCAUCAUUGUCAACAUUGUUGGCGACGAGAAGGCGUGGCGGAAGAUGCCGUAUUGGCCCAAGGAGUUUGCUGCGAAGCAGUCGAGUUAUGCAGAAGAUUCUGAUGAUGAAGACGAUCAAGGACCCCAGAUGCCGCCAUCUGAUUCCGAAGAUGAAGACUGA